GCAUGUUCUUACGUACUUUUUAAGCCUAGGUAGGUUAGAUUAACAAAAAAACGUGCAAACGUAAUGAGAACGCACGAUAAGUGAACCCCAAGAAACACGUGAAUUAGAUCCUUCGGUCCGGGCCGAUAGUUUGUCUCUUAGCAGAAACUGCCUGUGGUACAGACCCACCUAGUUAUGCGUGUUUUAACGACCUCUUUAAGCCUAGGUAGUUUAGAUUAACGAAAAAACGUGCAAACAUAAUGAGAAAGUGUUGGCGAGUCUUCGCGCCGCUUGCCGUCUAUAGUAGACUACAGGGCUAAUCUAGCGCCACCAUGCGGGCAGCGCUAGGUAUUCACGCGUGCUCUGCAAAGUACUCACUCUCUAAGAAGAAAAUAAAGAGAGUUAUAACAGAAUAUUAGAGCCUUGUUUAAUUACGAGUUCUCCUCACCAACCAUCCAACUAGGAUUAAUCUAACAGGUUGUGGGCCAGCUCGCUGGAAUAGAGGAAGAACCGAGAAGAAGACGACUCAGAAGUUUUUAUUUUUAUCUUUGUUCAGAGGAAAAUAAAUCAGACGUAUCAGAGGUCUAGAGGACAAAUUUCAGAAGAAAACAGGAAAAGAACAUCAGAAGCGUUAUGUCUGAUUGGAGUUUUUCAGACCCAUUACCAUCAAAUGAGAAAGAGGUGGCCAACGAAGGCAACGAAAAUCAAGUGGACGAUCAUUUGAAUAUCCACCAAGAUUCAGAUAUAGAAGGGUAUACACCCCCGGGUACACCCCCAAAAAGAGAUAUGGAGGGAAAGUCUCAACCUACUGACUCACAAAUGGAGUGGAGAAUGGAUAAUCUGGAGAAUGCUCUCGAGAGACACUCCGAUAUACUCGACAAUCAUGCUGAAAUAAUCAGAGAUCAAACAGUAGCCAUACUCGAUAUGAAGGAAAAUAUUGACAACCUAAACACCGUCAUACAGAAACUCACAGAACAAAUAGGAAAAUUAACUUCAGAGACGGAACAAGCGCAUUAGGCGACCUCAGCAGAGCUUGUAAUGAACUCAGACGAUCUAUUGCCCUAAACGCAACUAAUUCAAAAAUAAACAUAAAGAGAAAUUAUAAAUUAACAAAAAAAGUACCACUUAACAUUUGGUUAGACAAUAUAAAUGCUGAAUUAAAAGCUAAUAAUCUUGCAGACAUACUUGACGAUUCUCAACAAUCAGACGUUUCAAAGACA